AUGUGCAAAUCCAACAAUGACCAAGACCAACCAAAGAAAAGUAAAUAAUACCAAAAAAUCGAAUGCAAUCAAAGAAAACUAGUGCUUGAUAUGCUGUUGAAUUAAAAGUUAUCGCUACAAGAGGUAUGCAGCAUCACUAUUCUUAUUCCUCGGCUUCUAUAUCCUUACAUAUAUAUUUAUUGCUUUUUCAAUCAAUAUCUAAAUAGGUGGCUAACAAACUUACGAACAAUUUAGAAGACUUAUGAGAAGGACGGUCGUAUAGGAAAAAAAGAAACUCGAAAGAAGAAGUUGAAGGUUCAGAACAUACUAAAAAUUAGUGUUAUCAAUCCAUUCACUCUAGAAGUCCAACCUUUGAGCGUCUAAUCUGAUAUUCAUUAGAUAUAUGUUGACAAACAGCCGUCGCUACUUGAUCAAAUAGCUUUGGCGAACCAAUAACACUCAAUUUUGUAGUCUCAAUGCCUCAGAUUCUCUUCAGAACUUGCAUCUAACAUGAAUCAGCCCAAUUUUGCGUAUUAAUCAACCCUUUAAAACCUGCUACUCUCAUCCCAAUAUGUAUUUAAAUCAAUCCUUGAUUUAAAACCUCAAGGAUAAAUCAAAUAAGAAUUUGGCUCACUUCCCCAACCACUGCCACAAUGCUUCUACACAUAAUAACCGUAUCAGCAUCAGCCUUACCCUUUAACAUACACUUAGCUAAGAACUUGA